AGCAUUGCAUGUUGAGUAGAGCUUUCUACUGAAAGAGUAACUACUUCAGACAAAUAUUUAAAAAUAUUAAACAUGAAGAGCAUCAUCUUUCUCGCAGUGUUGGCAGUUCUGACUGUCUCUGUGAUCAGCGACGAUACUGGUGUUGAGGAACCGGUCUCCGCACGCCAGAACCUCAUUCUUGGAUCCAUUGGUAACGGGAACGUAUUGCUGCACAGAAACAACUAUGUUAGACGGGCACAAGCUAAUGCCAUCCAGUGGCAAGAAAUAACUUUACGAGCAGCUUCAAAUAUUCGGAUCACUGCCAUCAGAGCAGUUGAACUUGGAGUUAGCCAGGGGGCGUCAGCCAGGCUCCUGUCUGGAGGUAUUGGACAGACCCACGCCAAGGUCAGGCUCCAGACGGCAAGGGGACGCGGAUACAACUACCAGCUGGAGAUUUGGGGCAGACGUGUUUAGAGGGGUUGAAACACUUUGUGCAGUAAAGGGUUGAAAUUACUCUUGAAGACUUUGGCUUUAAAUUUUGUGUUAAAUGAAUUGUGCUUUAAUUAUGUUAGUAAUAGUUAUAAUUUAUUCAAAAUUGUAAUAUUUGUUUAUUAAUAAAUUUAAUUAAAAUUUGAGUAACUA